AAUUGCCUGCACAGUUGCUCACAGCCAAUCAAGGAGUGCACAUCAGUUCAUUUGGAGUAACUGAUACUAGAACAAAAAUGUUGAGCAUUUGGCGUUUGCUCUUUCUGCUGGGCAUAUGCACGCAACUAUCGCUAUCACAUGCCGCCUCGGAUCUGGAAUUGACCACCUGCCAGCUGCAGCUGGCCAAGUAUCGCAAAUUUAUACUGCAAGCCAUACUAAGCUUUGAGGAUGUAUGCGAUGCUUACAAUUCGCGUCCAGUAACGGCGGAAGAUCCAAGCGAGGGCGACAGCUGGCUAUUCCAUCAGUACGCACCACCACCCACUUCACAACGCGGCGAGAUCUGGGCCUUCUUCAAGCUGCUUAUGGCGCAGUUUAAUGAUGUGGAAUUCGCUGGCAUAAUAAGGGAUGCAGUGCUGGAACGCUGCCGCUUUAAGCUGCAACGCGACAACAAACGAAAUUCCGUUGUGCUGGGCAAGAAGCAACGCUUCCACUCAUGGGGUGGCAAACGCUCGCCGGAUUCGCAAGAGACGCUAACAGCUGCUGGCACUGGCGCUGGCACAGGCGAGCAUAAUUAUUACUAUAAAUUUCCAACUAAUUAAGCAAAUUGGAUUGUAAGCUGCCGUCAGACGCCGGGGCUCCAAUAAGAAGACGCAAGACGUUUUUGCCACUUUCGUUUUUCUUUGCUUUAAAAUCCAAAAAUGUAUGAAUCGCCAACUAAACGGUUAAGCGCAGCACUUACUCUUAAUAUUUAAAUAACUAUUACAAUAAAAUUGCCACGGUU